ACACAAGAACAGCAGUUGCAGUAAUUGAUGAUGAGAAAGAGAGAGAGUUUUGGUUCUUGUCUUAAAUGAAGGGCUUUGUGGGAAAAGUGGUGCAGUUUCCAUGGCGGCGUUGCAGGGAGCGCUGUAAUUCCGUGCCAUUAUUGCAGCUUCAGAAUUAUAUUGAAUCAACCUUCUUUCUCUUCUACUUACCCUAAAAAUACAAAUUUCUGUAAAACCCAGAUACAAACACACGCGCGCGCGCGCGCACACACACACACACAUAUAAGGUGGAGUGGGUCAAAACCAAACCGUUCACAGACUGAACAGUAGUCGAAGAAGAAAAACGCAGAGAAGGGUUUGGUGUGGCUAUGGAUUGUGGGUCUAAAUUGGGUUUGGUUAAUUCAAGUAGUGGGUGCAACAAAUGGCUGGGUUCUUCUAUCUAGGUGGUAGAGAAGGCGGAACGAGCAGCAAGCAAGAAGAAGAUAAAGAAGAGAACAAUCUGUAUCUUUACAGAUCAAACGAAGAGAUCUACAACAAGGGGUUUGAGAUAUGGCCGGAGUAUUAUCAGCAAAACACGAGCAGCUUCUCGUUUGGGGUGGGUCCUAGUCGAAGAACCAGCUUGGGUGAUGACUGGUCGUCAAGAUCGGGUUUUACGCUGAUGAGGCAAGGAGGUAUGAACUGUCAGGAUUGUGGAAAUCAAGCGAAGAAAGAUUGUGCUCAUUUGAGAUGCAGAACUUGUUGCAAGAGCCGAGGGUUUCAGUGCCAUACCCACCUUAAGAGCACUUGGGUCCCUGCUGCUAAAAGGCGAGAGAGACAACAGCAGUUUUCAGCUUUGCAGAACCAAAAUCAAGAUCACCAACAACAACAACAACUCCUCCAGUUUCGAGAAGAAAACCCAAAAAGGCAAAGAGAAAAUCAAGGUGCUUGUUCUCUUGCCUCCACUCGUUUGCCUACCUCAUCAGGGUUAGAAAUAGAAAACUUCCCACAAGAAGUGAAUUCAACAGCGCUGUUUCGUUGCGUGAGAGUAAGCGCCGUGGACGACCCAGAUGAAGAACUCGCAUAUCAAACGGCUGUAAACAUAGGAGGCCAUGUUUUCAAAGGUAUCCUCUACGAUCAAGGCACUGAAAGUCGGUAUAACAUGGAUCAUCACCAUCAACAUCUCAAUCUCAUCACUGCAUCGACAACAGCUGCAACAACAACUACUACAGCAGCAGGAGCAGGCACGAGUACCAACCCUGCAGGAACCCCUUUGCUUGAUCCUUCUCUUUUCCCGGCUCCACUAAACGCUUUUAUUGCCGGUACGCAAUUCUUCCCGCCCCCAAGGUCUUGAGACUCAUCUGAUUCGAAUCUAGCUUCUUUGUAACUUUUCAAAUGAAGGAAGCAAACAUGGUAUUGUGGGUAUUAAUUUAUGACCUAUCUCUAGCUAGUGUCUUAAAACAGUAUUCAACCAAGUAGAUUUAAAGCACAGAAAUGAGAGUAGAAUGACAUGGGAAUGUUGGAGUUUUUUUUCGAAUUUGAAUUGAAAAUUCCGUGGUAAUUAUUUGAGUGUAACUUUUUCUUUUC